ACCGCCUGCUUGCGUAGUAGAGUUUCUGUGAGUUUGACUUCGAAUUUCCUGCGCUUUGUUGCACGGCAGCAAUCUCGAGACUGACGUGUAUAAAUCAGGUUUGGAUAUAUGGUAUAUUUUCUUUACCCCACUGAAUAUGAGACCACUGUAGGACCAGCCAGAAUUCAAAAGUUUUGUGUGUAUUAUCCAGGGAAGGUGUCACAGGAGACGUCAAGAGAGACAGCAUAAACUGUGCUAAAAGCGAAGCGGCCCAGCGGCAGUGAGCGUGCCACAACCGGGCAAGGGUGUACCGGUCUCUGCUGCCAGGGCGCACCUUGAACAGCACACAUGAAGCUCCUUACCUACAGGCUUCUCUGUUAUUACUUCCUCUACUGGUGGACUUUUGCCAGUGCUGGUCAGAAUUUCGAUGGGGGGAAGACCCCGGAGCUGUGUGGAGGACACGACUGCCAUCAGUGUCCAUGUUUCCCAGCCAAGGGAACCCGGGGGUUGCCAGGUGAUCCAGGACAGCAAGGUCUUCAAGGGCCCACUGGCCCUCAAGGCCCAUUGGGACCCCAAGGAGAGAAAGGACAUAGAGGUCCAGAUGGUUUGCCUGGGGAGUCAGGGGUGAAAGGGGAGAUGGGUGACAAGGGGUUCCCUGGUUUCCCUGGGUUUAAAGGGAUCUGGGGUCAUCCUGGUGUUGAAGGACCUCCAGGCUGUCCUGGGCUAGAUGGCUGUGCGGGACCAAAAGGUGAUCAGGGUCUCCCUGGAGAACAAGGGCAUCAAGGGAUCUGUGGGCAACAGGGUUUGAAAGGAACAAAAGGACAGAAGGGGGAUUAUGUCUAUAAACCUCUGAAUUUGCCUGGCCCUCGUGGGGACAUUGGGGUUCCUGGGAAACCUGGUUUGCCUGGAAUGACUGGAAGUUGUGGGAAAUGUGGCCUCGUGGGACCCCGUGGUGCUAACGGAGAUGCAGGGUAUCCUGGUUUGCCCGGACUAAGGGGCACACCCGGAGAAACUGGAAGAUCAUUACCUGGACCGAAAGGUGACCAGGGAGAGCAAGGGGAAGAAGGUCCUCCAGGACCAUUUGAGACUGUGGAAACACCAGAAGAAUACUUCAAGAAAGGGGACAAAGGAGACAGAGGUAUAGCCGGCUUGUCUGGGAAAAAAGGAAAAACUGGGAACAGCUCAGUCAGUGGGCAGAAAGGCGAUAGGGGGAUCUGCGGGCUACCAGGACAGGAGGGCAUUCCUGGAUCUCCUGGUUGCCAAGGACAACAUGGACUGAAGGGAUCACAAGGGGACUUUGGACUUCCUGGUUUGUUUGGGACAGAGGGACCAAAGGGCUUUCAAGGAGAUCCAGGUGUACGAGGAACCCCGACAUUUGAAUUCCUGAAUCACACAGGACAUCAAGGGGACAGAGGACCACCUGGCCCAUUAGGGUGUCAAGGAGACCCUGGGACCAUGGGCUUCAUAGGACAUCGAGGACCCCCCGGAGAUCUGGCAUGUGGCCCUGCUGGCCAGCCUGGAAAGCCAGGGUGUCCAGGCCCCCAGGGACCAAAGGGGGAGACCAAAGUAAAUUGCUUUGAUGAAUUAAAAGUAGGAUGCCCAGGAAAACAAGGACUUCAAGGACUGAAAGGUGCCAGAGGUCCUCCUGGCCCCCCAGGUUGUGGAGGUUAUUACUGCAUGCCAGGAUCCAAGGGGAACCCUGGGUUCAAUGGAGAGCCUGGUGUGCAAGGUACAACUGGAAUCAAAGGAUGCAAAGGAUUUCCUGGAGAGUGUGCCUGUGGUGGCCCUUUAGAGAUUAAGGGUCUGUGUGGCGUUGUGGGACCACAAGGCCGGAAUGGUGACCUUGGCUGUACUGGAUCCCCUGGAAAACAGGGCAGCAAAGGGCUCCUUGGAGAAAUUGGAUGUCCUGGUCAAAAAGGCUUUACAGGGCUCAAAGGUGAUAAAGGACUGAAGGGUCAGAAAGGAGAGCCUUUCAUAAUGGACAUUAAAGGUGUGAAGGGUGAGCAGGGUGUUUUAGGACCCCCUGGCUACCAAGGACGCUUUGGGAAACAGGGGCUCAGUGGAACGGAAGGUUCAAUGGGAGAUCCAGGCAAAGAGGGAGAUUGUUACCCAGGGUUUCCUGGUGACAGGGGAUGCAAAGGAUCUAUAGGGGACAAAGGAGUGCCUGGAGAACCGGGUCCUGCAGGCACUGGAGUCAUGGGUGCGAUUGGAGAACGUGGACCUCCAGGUGACUCUGGCCUAUUAGGAGCACCAGGACCCCCUGGACCUAAAGGUGUCCAAGGUGACACACUGCCAUGCCUUCCUGCUAACCCAGGCCCCCCUGGACCCAAGGGGAAGUGUGGCAUUUCAGGAAGUAUAGGAUCACCUGGUAUUCGAGGAAUUGAUGGACCUUGUGGACUAGAUGGACUAAAAGGAGAAUGUGGAGAUCCUGGACAGUGUGGUUUGACUGGACCAAAAGGAGUGCCAGGCUGUGAAGGCGAUUAUGGUAAGAAGGGCCAGGAUGGUACAAGUGAACCUGGAAAGCAAGGAUCCCCAGGCCCAGCAGGCAUUCCAGGGCUCCCAGGGCAUCGAGGGGAGUCUUUGACUGGUCAUAAAGGGUUACGUGGGCUCAAUGGAAGUAUAGGAGUAUUAGGACCUAAAGGAUUUCCAGGCCCAGCAGGACCACCUGGAUUACAAGGUUUCCCUGGGCUGCCAGGCAUGAGUGGCUAUAAGGGACAAAAGGGGCAGCCUGGAGCUCAAGGCCAGCAUGGUCCUUCAGGAAAGAUGCCAAUGCAGUGUGACUGUGGACCUCAUGGCCCAGGAGGGCCUCCAGGGUUUCGGGGUGACACUGGCCCUCAAGGCUGUGAUGGGAAAAAAGGUGACAAAGGGGAGAUUGGUGUUCCUGGUUAUGGGUGCAAAGGCCUACAGGGGAACUGUGGCCCCCCUGGAGCCCCAGGAUGUCCCGGAUCUCAGGGGCCCCCAGGAGCAUCAGGGGAGCCAGGAGUCUCAGGAAAAGUGGGGAAGAAAGGCAUCUGUGGCGUGCCUGGUCAAGAUGGAUUAGCUGGUUGCCCUGGAAAAACUGGCUGUCUUGGGCCUCGAGGGAAUAAAGGGGAGAAGGGCUUCAGUGGUCAUCCUGGUCCCUGUGGGGAUAUUGGAUACAAAGGAGUGAAAGGUUUUCAGGGUGUACUGGGACAACAGGGAGGCACCAAUGUGAAUAACAUUCCAGGUAGUAAAGGGUUCCCUGGACCGCAUGGUUUGGAUGGGACCCCUGGGCCCAGAGGAGUCAAAGGCCAGCCCGGGAAGUGUGGCCCUCCUGGCUUGAAUGGAAGUCCUGGACCACCUGGCCCAGAGUGUGGUCCUCAAGGACCACCAGGAAAGUGUGGUGUACGUGGCUUAUGUGGCCUACCUGGUUCUCGUGGAUGCCGGGGUAAUCCUGGAUUCCGUGGUGAAUGUGGAGACCCAGGAGACUGUGGGCCAAGUGGAAUACCUGGGAAUCCAGGUCCUACUGGUGCCAAGGGCUUGAAAGGUGAAAAGGGAGAAUCUAUUUUUGAUAAAGGAAUAGCAGGAGAGAGAGGAAACCCUGGAGACAAUGGUGCAUGUGGUCCGAGAGGCGACGCUGGUGACUCCGGCCUGUUAGGUGCCUCUGGCUAUACAGGACAAAGAGGAUUGCCUGGAGAACCUGGGCCUGAAGGACCACAAGGAGACCCAGGUGACAUGGGCCUUCAAGGUCCAUGUGGAAAAGAAGGACAGGAAGGUUUUAUAGGAUUCCCUGGACAGAUUGGACUGAUUGGAAAUCCAGGACCUAAAGGACUUGCAGGGCCUCCAGGACCCUUAGGUUUACAUGGGCUUGAUGGACUAAAGGGUGAGAAGGGAGAGAAGGGAACCAAAGGUUCUGGACAGACAGGGCCCUCAGGACACUGGGGUGUUCCAGGCGAUAAAGGCCCCAGGGGAGCAGCAGGCUCUAUUGCCCACUCCAGGCAAGGGGUAAAAGGCUCCACAGGGCAAAUGGGAUGCUCAGGAUCUCCAGGAGAAUAUGGCUCCAUUGGGCCUCCAGGUGCAGACUGCAAAAAAUCCUUACAAGGUCCUUUUGGAGUUCCUGGCUUACCUGGACUAGAUGGGUUAAGGGGGCCACCUGGAGAUAUAGGGUUCCCUGGUCCAUUUGUGAAAGUUAUGGGGGAUCAGGGGGAUAGAGGCCCAGCAGGACCCUGUGGCAUCAAAGGCUUGUUUGGCCAUCCUGGACACAGGGGUCCCAAAGGGGGUAGUGGUUUGCUAGGGCAAAAAGGUAAAAAGGGUAAUCAAGGAUUAAGAGGCCCCACAGGACCUAUGGGCCCUCCUGGAACAUGUGGCCCCCCUGGACACAAGGGCAAGAAAGGAGUGUCUGGUGAUCCAGGUCCCCAAGUAGUAUGUGACAGCAGAUCUACUAAAACGUUUCAUAUGAUCCCUGGACAGACAGGGCCCCCUGGCCUACUUGGGCACCCUGGUUCUCCUGGUGAUCCUGGGGUGGUAGGAUGCGAAGGACCAAAGGGUUUAAAGGGUCAGAGAGGUUUGCAUGGCCAGCCAGGACAGCACGGACCUUCUGGACGAGUUGGACCUCCGGGAGAUCAUGGAAAAAGUGGAGAAAAGGGAGUGCCAGGAGUUCAAGGUGCCACUGGUCAGGAGGGUGAUCCUGGAUAUCCAGGCCCGCCUAAAAGGGUUAGCUCUGGGUUCCUGUUGGUGCAGCAUAGCCAAUCAGAGGUCAUCCCAGCAUGCCCACUCGAUAUGAAAAUAUUAUGGAGUGGUUACAGUCUAUCCUAUCUGCAACUCCAGGGGAAAGUACACACAAUGGACCUGGGUCAGACUGGGUCGUGUUUGAGAAUCUUUAGCACCAUGCCAUUCUCCUUCUGCAAUAUGGGCAGUUGUAGCUAUGCUGAGCGCAACGACAAGUCCUACUGGCUAGCCAGCACAGCACCGAUGCCCAUGGCACCCACAUCUGGGGCACAGAUCCAGCAGCACAUCAGCCGCUGUGUCGUAUGUGAGACACGAUCACCCAUCUUUGCUAUGCACAGCCAGGAUGCAUCUAGCCCACUUUGUCCCUCUGGCUGGCGGACACUGUGGAGAGGAUACUCCUUCCUCAUGCACACAAGUGGAGGCGACAUUGGUGCUGGGCAGGCUCUGAUGUCGCCAGGAAGCUGUUUGAAAGAUUUCCGUACCCAGCCAGUUAUUGAGUGCCAAGGGGAACGAGGCACCUGCAGCUACUUCACCAUGGGCUUUAGCUUCUGGUUGACCCAUGUGGAUGAACUGGGACAAUCAGAACUCGACAAGUCACUGGAGAUACUCAAGGAUGAGAUGCAGCAGCGCCAGCAUGCUGGCCGGUGCAGCGUCUGCAUGAAACAGUGACACUUCCAUCACCUGAGCCCUACACGCUGCAUUUGCUAGCAGAAAUGCACUGAAAAUGCACAAACAGCUUAUUAGAUUAUCUGGGAAAAUACAUUUAAGACACUCUGAGAUAUUUCAGAUAACUCGUUUGAAUGCACACAUAGAACACAGUUACAGUACACAAAAUAUUCCACAGAAGAAAUUCAAAGAACAGAUUCUAGUAAAAUAAUGUUUUUAAUUGGCUUAAAAUUGCAAUAUGAAGGUACCCAAAACUUACAUUUAUGUCAAUUUAUUUAACAGAUGGUUUUUUUCCAGAAUGACAUACAGAAAAUGAAGAUAUUUCAUUACAUCAAGUUGACUUAGCAGUUUUGUUAAUGUACUAUUCAAAAGCAUAGUUCCCAACCUUUUGAUAUGUGCAGACCAGUUUAUGUUGUACAAAAGUUUCACACUCUGAUAUAAUAGGUGGGUUGUGGAGGCUUGGGUACCAGCAGAUCGAUCAAUCUCAUAGGUUUAAUCAUUUCCAUUUUUUUCAGAUGCAAAUGAAAGGUGUGAAUGUGAAGGGUCAAAAACUUUAAAAUAUGUGGUUUAUUUUUGGAAAUUAACCAACUGCACCAGAAGAAACCCAGCAUUCUGCUCCCCUAUAUAACAAAAAGAAAGAAAGAAACGUUAGAACUGCGAAAAAUAAUUAAACAAUCAGUAAUGCAAAACAUCAAGGUAGAGGAUAUGUCUCAAACACCUUAACAUGUUACCCUCAUUUCUGCCAUCAGGAGGGGGAUGAACCCUCACACUACCAAGGUAAUCACUUGGUUAGUUAACGGACAUGAAAAACUAAAAAGUACCUUAAUUCAUACAUUUUAUCAAUAUUGGUUUUUUUUUGGAGAACAUGCACUUUUCAAGUAUUCAAAAAUAUGCCACUGCUCUAGAUAUUGGAAUUGUACAGAAUAUGUUUUGAGAAUUCAUAGUGCGUUGACACUAAACUGUCAAAAAAUGGAGUACCAAUUUGUACCUUUGCUUGUCGCUGGGGCUGUACCCUCAAGGGUCUGCCAAUUGUACCCUAACAAGGGCGUAACUUUGGC